CCAAGACCGGCCACCCAUAACAUUCGGCGUGCUCGUCCAAAUCCUGUCAUAUUUAUCGCUCCCAGACGUUUAUUUUCCCUUUAAUCGCCAUGGAGAACGUGCCUAAGGACUUGAGGAACCUGCGGUCGUGUCUCGUGUGCUCCCUGGUCAAGACGGUUGACAUGUUCGAGACCGACGGAUGCGACAACUGCGAUGAGUUCUUGCGGAUGAAGAACAACCGCGACAAUGUGUUCGACUGCACCUCAUCCAACUUCGACGGGUUCAUCGCGCUUAUGAGCCCCAAAGACAGCUGGGUGGCUAAAUGGCAGAGGAUCAAUAAGUGUGUGCAGGGAAUCUACGCCAUCAGCAUCACCGGGCGUCUUCCUCCCAACGUGGUGAGGGAGAUGAAGACGAGGGGGCUGAAGUACAGGUCCAGGGACAUGACCAAGGUGUGAAGAUGCUGGGUGGUGGUGGUGGUGGUGGUGGUGAUGAUGGUGAUGGUGAUGGUGAUGGUGGUGGUGGUGAUGAAAAUGGGAGGAUAAGGAAGAUAGGGGUAAAGAAAAUGGGAGGAGAAAGAAAGAUGGGAUGAUCAGGCUAAAGAAAAUGGGAAGAUUAAAGAAAAUGGGGAAUGAAAGAAAAUGGGAAAUGAAAGAAAAUGGGACAAGAAAGAAGAUGGGAAGAUUAAAGAAAAUUGGACAAGGAAGAAAAUGGGAAUAUUAAAGAAAAUGAGAAAUAAAGAAAAUAGAAAAAAUAAAGAUAGGAAAAGAAAGAAAAUUAAAAGAUUAAGAAAAUAAGAUAAUUUAAGAUGAGAGAGAGAGAGAGAGAGAGAGAGAGAGAGAGAGAGAGAGAGAGAGAGAGAGAGAGAGAGAGAGAAUGAUGAUAGUUGAGAAAGAGAAAGAAAGAAAGGAAGAGAGAAAAGAAUGUUGAGAGAGAGAGAGAGAGAGAGAGAGAGAGAGAGAGAGAGAGAGAGAGAGAGAGAGAGAGAGUAUUAUUAGAAUUUAUUUUCACUUGUACUUUUUAAGAUUGAAUAAAAUUGUAUAAAAAUGUA